UGUAUGGUAUGAAGUCAAUCGCUUAUGUCUAAAAGUUAUUGAGGUAUGAAACGAUGUUGAUGUCAAAAAUAUAGCUUAAGAGGAAGAACCAAGGAGAACGAAGACAGACGGACAAAGAUGGAAACGCAGAGCGAGGAUCCCUUAUUCUUGGACAAGAGGCCACAGGCAGCUGAGGCCAAUGGAGGAAGUCUGAGUCACCAGCUAUCUUCUCUUCCUGAACUUCGCUUGGUUUUACUAGGCCGCAAAGGUGCUGGGAAAAGCUCAGUGGGAAACACCAUCCUAGGCCUGGCGGGAGGGUUUGAGACAGGCAAACCGACCGAGGAGUGCGUGAAGAGGCGAGGCGACGUGGCAGGAAGGCGCGUUACAGUUGUGGACACCCCAGGCUGGGAAUGGUACUAUUCUGUGAAUGGGACUCCAGGUUGGGUGAGGAGAGAAACGAAGCGAAGCAUGACCUUGUGUCCACCAGGUCCCCACACCGUCCUUCUAGUGGUGAGAUCCUGUACGUCAGUGACAGCCGACUACCAUCGGCAGAUCGAGGAGCAUCUGGAACUGCUGGGCAAAGCGGUGUGGGAUCACACGCUGGUGCUGUUCACCCGAGGGGAUGAACUGGGCUCCGUUCCCAUCGAACAGAGGAUUCGAAACGGCGGCAAGGCCUGCCAGAUGCUCCUGGAACGAUGCGGAAACAGGUUCCACGUUUUGGAGAACAAGCGGCGCGUUGACGAUGGAUCACAGGUGAAGGAACUGAUGAGGAAGAUGCAUAAACUGAUGGAAGAGAGAGAGGGGAGAUAUUAUGAGACAGAUCUGUUGCUUCUGGAGCUGGAGGUAGAGAGCAAACGGAGGGCACGAGAAAGGAGGAAAAAACAGAGGCUGAUGGAGGCACAGACGCAUAGAGGAACCAUCAGAGCCGUGCUGAUGAAUGAUAAUCCACAAACUGAAGACUUGGAUGAGAGGAAUCUCUUCUCCAGAGGUUCACGGCGUCUCCCAGAGCUGAGACUGGUUCUGCUGGGAGAGAGAGAGACGGGGAAAAGCUCCGCCGGGAACGCCAUCCUCGGAGGACCGGGAUACUUUCAAAGCAGAGCAGCCACAGAGGAGUGCUCGAGACAGCAGACGGAGGUUUCUAACCGACUGGUGACGGUGGUGGAUGUGCCCGGAUGGGAGGGUGGACCGGAGGGAUUAACUCCAGAGAGAGUGAAGCGAGAGAUCGGACUGAGCGUGACACUGUGUCCUCCUGGACCUCAUGCAUUUCUACUGGCAUUGAGAGUGGACGCGCUCGUCCAAGCACAGUCAGUGCGGGAGCACUUGGAGCUUUUGGGAGAGGCAAUUUGGAGACAUACACUUCUUUUAUUCACGAGGGGCGACCAGCUACGAGAGGGAGUCACCAUCGAGCAGCACAUCCAAGGAGGAGGAAAGGAUCUUCGUUGGUUGGUGGAACGAUGUUCAAACAGGUUCCACGUCAUCAGCAGCAACUCUUGUUUGGAAUCUCGGAAUUCCAAAACACAGAUAACGGAACUUCUGGAGAAGAUCGAGAAGAUGGUGGCGGGAAAUCGUUGCGAGGCCUUCUCGCCACUAGUGCAUGAGAUUCAAGACUUAGGGAGACAAAAGAAUGAGAAAUUCCAGCUGAAGGUCAAGGAGUUUAGCGAGAAGCUUCAACGGCAGGAGGAAGAACUGAAGAAGAUGAAGGAACGAGAGGUCAGGAGCAUUCGGUGGUUUUUCGAAAGACGCAAAAAAGACAAAGUACAAUCUCCCGGGAAGACUGAGAGGGAAGAGGUGCUGUACCGAGGCGAAGAUGACAGGAGAAGCGUGAUGGGUGAGCUGGAGGAGAGGAUGGCGUGGUUGACGGAAGACAAGGAGCGAGAGAUACAAGAGCUGAGCGCUGAAAUCAGCAAAGUCAUGGUGACUCUCCAUCAGGCACUGAAAGAGAAAGAGCAACUGCUGAUGAGAUUAGAGGAGAGAGAGCGAGAGGGGGAAGAACUUAAAGAGAAAGUGGAAGAACUUCAGAUGAAACUGCUGGAAAUGGAGCGCAUGGGUGCCGUGAAAGAGCAAGAAUGGAAAGAGAGCGAGGCUGAGAUUCAGCAUGCACACCUGGAUGAGAUAAAUGAACUUCAAAGCAAACUGUUGGACGCUGAGAAAGAUAAUGAUAGGAUGAGAGGAAAGGUUGAGGAAGCUCAAAAAGAGAUGGAUGCAUCACAACGCAGGUAUGAAAAAGAGGCUGUUUGGCAAAAGCAAGAGAUGGAGAAUAAACUGAAAGAAAAGGACAAUGAAACUGAAAACAUUUUAAGAGAAAUCGAGGAGGUGAAACUGAACACUGAGGGCAGAGAAAGAGAACAAAGUGAGAGAUUCAGUAAACAAGCUGAGAAGAGAGAGAAAGAGAUGGACAAGCUGAGCGAGGUGAUAGAGAUGAUGACCAAAGAGAUGGAGCAGCUACGGAUGUCCUAUCAAAAGCAAGUGAAAACGACAGAAGCCGAGAGAGAAAUGCAUGCAGAAACUGUGGAGAAAUACAACACACUCAUUGAUAAACUCGUAGGGAAAGAUGAGGAAAUAGAGCGAACCAUGAGAGAGAAAGAAAAGGAGCUACAUCGAAAUGCUGAAACGCAAGAGAAACUUCAGCAAAAAGAUAAUGAAAUAGUUAAAUUAAGACAAAGAGACCAGGAAAAUGUGCAAGAAAUUGAGACACUGAAGCAAAACAUUAGCGAAAAACAGAGGGAUAUAGAUAAGUUAAAAGACACUGUGCAGGCAAAUACGGAAAAACACGCAGCUGAACUUCAAGUUUUGAGGGAGGAGUUGAAAACAAAAGAAAUUGUAAUAGACAAAUUAAAACAAAGAGACCUGGAGAAAGACAAAGACACUCACAAACUAAAGCAAAACAUUAACGAAAAACAAACUGAUAUUGAAAACUUAGAAGACAGAAUUGAAGAAAAUGCAGUACAACUAAAACUUUUAUGGGAAGAAUUGAAGGUAAAAGAAGAAGAAAACGAAAAAUUAAGACAAAGAGACCAGGAGAAAGAACGAGAGAUUGACAUGCUUAGGCAAAACAUUAGCGAAAAACAGAAAGACAUUGAAAAGUUAAGAGAUGAUAUUGAAGCACAUAUUGAAAAAAGUGCAGCUAAACGCAAGCAUUUUGAGGAAGAGCUGGAAAUAAAAGAAGAGGAAAUAACCAAAUUAGGACAAAGAGACCUGGAGAAAGACACAGAAAUUCACACACUUAAGAAAAAUAUUAUUAGCCAACAGCAGGAUGCUGAAAAAUUAAAAGACAGCAUGCAGUUGAAUAUUGAAGAAAGUGCUGCUCAAUUGAAGCAUUUAGAGGAAGAAUUCAAAAUAAAAGACAACGAAAUGAUCCAGUUAAGAGCAAGAGACAUGGAAAAAGACAGAGACAUGAACACAAUGCGAGAAAACGUUAGCGAAAAACAGAAAGAGGUUGAAAAGUUAAGAGAGAGUAUUAAGACACAUGUCGAGGAAAGUGCAGCUAAACAAAAACAUUUAGAGGAAGAACUACUGACAAAAGAUGUUGAAAUAACCAAAUUAAACCAAAAAGGGAAAGAUGAGGAAAUAGAGCGAACCAUGAGAGAGAAAGAAAAGGAGCUACAUCGAAAUGCUGAAACGCAAGAGAAACUUCAGCAAAAAGAUAAUGAAAUAGUUAAAUUAAGACAAAGAGACCAGGAAAAUGUGCAAGAAAUUGAGACACUGAAGCAAAACAUUAGCGAAAAACAGAGGGAUAUAGAUAAGUUAAAAGACACUGUGCAGGCAAAUACGGAAAAACACGCAGCUGAACUUCAAGUUUUGAGGGAGGAGUUGAAAACAAAAGAAAUUGUAAUAGACAAAUUAAAACAAAGAGACCUGGAGAAAGACAAAGACACUCACAAACUAAAGCAAAACAUUAACGAAAAACAAACUGAUAUUGAAAACUUAGAAGACAGAAUUGAAGAAAAUGCAGUACAACUAAAACUUUUAUGGGAAGAAUUGAAGGUAAAAGAAGAAGAAAAUGAAAAAUUAAGACAAAGAGACCAGGAGAAAGAACGAGAGAUUGACAUGCUUAGGCAAAACAUUAGCGAAAAACAGAAAGACAUUGAAAAGUUAAGAGAUGAUAUUGAAGCACAUAUUGAAAAAAGUGCAGCUAAACGCAAGCAUUUUGAGGAAGAGCUGGAAAUAAAAGAAGAGGAGAUAACCAAAUUAGGACAAAGAGACCUGGAGAAAGACACAGAAAUUCACACACUUAAGAAAAAUAUUAUUAGCCAACAGCAGGAUGCUGAAAAAUUAAAAGACAGCAUGCAGUUGAAUAUUGAAGAAAGUGCUGCUCAAUUGAAGCAUUUAGAGGAAGAAUUCAAAAUAAAAGACAACGAAAUGAUCCAGUUAAGAGCAAGAGACAUGGAAAAAGACAGAGACAUGAACACAAUGCGAGAAAACGUUAGCGAAAAACAGAAAGAGGUUGAAAAGUUAAGAGAGAGUAUUAAGACACAUGUCGAGGAAAGUGCAGCUAAACAAAAACAUUUAGAGGAAGAACUACUGACAAAAGAUGUUGAAAUAACCAAAUUAAACCAAAAAGACAUGGAGAAAGACAAUGAAAUGGACAGACUGCUGCAAAACAUCAACAAAAAACAUGGAAAAGAAAUAGAAAAGCUGGAAAACAGCAUUCAAGCAAAUACCGAAGAAGCUGCUGCUCAACUAAAACAUCUAGAAGAAGAGUUUGAUGCAAAAAUAGAGGCCUACAAAAGAAAGAAUGCAAUGAUGGAAGAGGAGAUGGAAAACAUAAAAAAACAGCAUGAGGAAACAGAAAGACACUUGGACGAGCUGAGACAACAGAUGAGGGAAGAGCGAGAACAAAACAACGUCCUACAAAAAGUAAAUGCAGAACUGGAAAAAGAAUUAGAAGAGCUGAAGUGUAAAUGUGAGGGCUAUGAGAAAGAUCUUCAGAGUGAGUUAAAUCGCUAUGAGAAACAGAUGAAAGAAAUUAAAGGGUUUGAACAAGAGAUAGAUGAGUUAAAACGGCUGCAGGAGGAGAAGGAGAAAGAGAAAGAGAGCGAUAUGCAAGACAUGAAGGCAUAUUAUGAGAAAAGAUUAAGAGAAAGGCAUGAAGAGCAUGAGAUGAAAGAAAUAGAGAGAGAACAAGAGCUUCACAGGAGAGAAAGGGAGAUAGAAAAGAAGGAAGAGAAAUUAGCACAAAACAAACGAGAUUUGGUAAAUAGAGUUGAUGAAAUGAAUAGGCGAGAACAGGAUUUGGAUGUGCAAAUGUACAGGAUUAGAGAAGAGGAGAAGAAUCUGGAAAACGAGAGUCAGAAUAACAAACGUCUGGCUGUAGAUCUGGUGCGAAUGAGAGAGGAGAUUGAGAAAAGAGCGGAAGAGCUUAUGGAUAGAGAGGAAAAUUUAAAAGUGCAGGAGCAGCAGAUAAAAUGUAAAAAGGAUGAGCUACAAGCAAUGGAGAAUAUACUGGAGACCAAGGAAAUGGAAAUGAAAGAUCUGACUGAAAAGCAGGAGAAAAAUAUGGAAAAUCUUAGACAGCAGCUGGAGAGGAGAGAACAAGAGCUGCUGAAAACGGAGGCAAAUUUUGUUAAAGAACAACGCAGGCUUAAGGAAGAAGAAAAAUCUUUGGAGGUGCUCAGAGCAAAUUUGGAAAUGAGAGAAAAUGAACUUAAUAAACGAGAGCAGAUGUGGGAAGUGAAAACCCAAGAGCUGUCAAAGAUCUCAGAGGAAUUUGAAAAUAACAAACACAAUGUGGAGAAAUGGCAAGCCGAGUUGAGUAAUAAGGAAUAUGAUCUUCUGCAAAAAUUAAAUGGACUGCAGAUAAAGGAGCAAGCACUUGAGCAGAGGGAACAGGACCUUGAACUCAAAGGUCAAAGACUAAUGGAGCAACAUCGAGAUCUGGAAAAUAAGCAGCAAAACCAGACAGCUUCAUUUGACAAACGCGACAUGGAGCUCGAGAGCAUUAGAGAAGCGUUAGGAAAAAGGGAGCAAGAGCUGAUAAAAGGCGAAGAAGCACUUUCUCAAAGAGAGCAGAAGCUGAAGAGUGAAGAAAUCUAUUUGGAGAAAAGACAGCAAGUCAUGCAAAAUAGGGAACAACAGCAUGAAGACAUGUUGCACAGUCUCAAGAAACAGCAGGAUGUUUUGAAAGACAGAGAACACUCUUUAGAUACCAGAGAAACAGACCUGCGCCAACAGGAAUCAGAGCUUGCAAUGAGAGAUAAUGACAUGACGGAUAAACACAAACUUUUGCAGAACCAAGAAUUAGAUCUGAAAAAGAAAGCGAGCGAUGUUGAGAACAAAACACAAAUGCUGGAGCUCCAGAAAACAACACUAGAUGAAAGAGAGAAAAAGCUUGAGGAAUGUCAAAACCAACUGGACAGCAAAAUGCUGGAGCUAAAUAAUGAACAAGACAAGGUGAAGAAGAAGCGAGAAGAACUUGAGAAAUGGGAGAAGUAUUUUUAUAACACAGAGCUCAAAUGGAUACACAAAGAGUCUUUCUCAGGGUAUCAGCGAUUGACAAACAGCGCUGAAUUGAAUGGGAAACGAAUUGAAGCCGAAGACAUCCAUCGAAUGCAUCAAGAAGUAGGAGUGGAUGGUGGCGUUUGUGAUGCAAAAGACACCAGAAGUGAAGAGCAACUGGAGUUGGCUACUAUUAACUGUGCAAAUAACAGAUUGGUAAAGAAUCAAAGGGUUAAACGAACACUAGAGGCCAAGCAAAAAGGGAAAGAUGGUGAGAGUGACAAUUCUGAUGGCGAAAGUGAGGAAGACUUCUAUGAAUCCUCAAGCACCAGUUUCCAACCUGCCCUACAUACACCCUGGCCUGUGUCUGAGCUAAGGCUGAUGCUUUUAGGAGACUCCUGGUCGUCCCGUCACCCAGCGAGAUGCACCAUCGUGGGGCCUGAUGCAGAAAGAAGCAACAACCCUUGGAGGGGAGACAUAUUCGGCAGGCAGCUCACUCUCAUAGAGCCUCAGGGCCUGAAAUGGAGAUCUGCAUCUGACAGUAAAGACAUAUUUCAAAAACAUCUCUCUCAAAGUGUGUCUCUGUGUCAACCUGGACCACACGCCUUCAUCCUGGUGAUUCCUGCUUACGUAUCCUUCACUGGUCCGUACAGGUGUGAGGUAGAACGUACCAUGUCUGCGCUAGGAGAAGCAUCGUGGAGGCACACUAUUGUUCUGCUCACCUGGGGGGAAACAUUAGGAGAGAGCGUCCAGCAGCAUAUUAAGAGAAACAGCGACCUGGAGCGGCUGGUUCGAAAGUGUGGGAAUAGAUGCCAUGUGCUUGACAAUGGACACCGGGAAUCUGAUGUGGUGAAGUUGCUGGAGAAGGUGGAGGAGAUGCUGCGAGGAAACAGUGGACGAUACUACAAAGUGGGCUGAAAAUGAGCGUUAAGGAUUUAAACUGAGCCUUUAUGACUGUGAAUGAUAUUUAAAUUAUGAUAAAUCCAACAGAUUGUCUUGACAUUCUUGGCUUUAUCUGAAAAUA